AUGCAGCCAGUAAAAAUCGAAAAGACGUUUAUUUUGGUGGACAUCGUGGGUUUACACAGAAUAUGCAGCCAGGUGGCCAAUUGGCUCCACCCAUAUCCUUUGCAAACUGAAUCCCUGACUGGCCUUUCUUUUUCAGCGGCCAUAGGCCCACUAGAAGAUGAUAUUGUGACCCCGGGUACAAGAGAUGGCCUGGUGACCCCAGGUCUAGAAGACAGAAUAGCAACCACAGGGGCUACUGGAAGACUGGAUGAAUCUACUGGCAAGGGACCUCUGGUACCACACACAAAGAUUCCCUUUGAGGAACUGCCAACUCCAGGAACCUCAGACCCUGAUGGAGAAGAACAUAAGAGUACAACCACUGUCAGAAUGGUGACUAGCCACUCUGCAGAUAAGGAAACAAGUCACCCCAACAAAGGCCCUGAAGAGCUGAACAGAUCAAGCUGUUCUCCCAACAUACCUGAAAAUAAGAGUGCUUCCAACAUCCCCUGCUUCCCAUCCUCUGCUUAUGGAGGAAGAUGACCCAUGGAACGCCCCCCUCACCCACAGCCAUGGCGACUCCUCCACUUGCCAGAGGUGCCAAAGGACAGACACAUGACAAGCCAUGGCCCCUCAAAGCAUAUGCCUUUGGAAAACAGACAUUUUUAAUAUAUGUUUUGUAAUAAAUGAUUCAAAAGACACCAUGCAUAGAAAAUGGAACAAAACCAUGUUAAACUGACUUGUAACCAAGACAGCAUCACCAGUUGGCUUUAGUGACUGUAACCAUGGCUUCAUCCUGGCCAUUCUCUACUACUGUUAAGAGG